AACUAGGAGAUUCUGAUGUAAUUUCCCUGAUAUGAUGCAUUCAUUUUCUUUCCUUGAAAUCCUGCUCCCACACAGUGCUUGCGGAUAAAAGGAGGGCAGCACCACAGGGAUGCUCAUGCAGAGGAGAGCCCUGGAGUCCCACUCGUGGUUCCCACGGCCCACGCAGCACCAUGAAGGUCCCCACAGCUGUCCUGAUCGCUCUCCUACUCAUGGCGACCUGCACCCCAUCCAAGGCCCAUCUCGACGGCGUUCCCACCUCCUGCUGCUUCAGCUACCAGCAACGCCCUGUCCCACAGAGUCUCAUCACCUCUGUCUACAUCACCAGCAGCAGAUGCACUCAGCCAGGAGUGAUCCUGGUCACUAAGAAGAAGGAGCUGUGCGCGGACCCCCGAGCACCCUGGGUGCAGGCGCAACUGAAGCACUUCCAGACCCUGAAGAACUGACCCUUGACUGCUGCCACCCACGAUGCCCCCAGUGCUAAAUCCCAGCAGGCUUCCAGCCCCAGGCCUGCAAGAGCAUACUUGAACUGUAGUCUUCUCCAACAGGAAAAUUUAUUUUAUUUAACUUAUUUAAGUUAAACUAAAUAUUUUUUGCUAAGAAAAGGGAAAACACAAA